AUGGCCGACGCACAGAAGCAAUUGCAGGCGAUCUCGGAAGAGUUCCAGAAGUUGCAGACCGAUCUGGACGGACUGGUCGAGGCUCGUCAGAAGCUCGAGUCCCAACAGCAGGAGAAUGAAAGCGUCCAAAAGGAGUUCAACUCGCUCGAUGACGAAUCCAACAUUUACAAGCUCGUCGGCCCGGUUUUGUUGAAGCAGGACAAGCAGGAGGCCCUGAUGGCGGUCAACGGCCGUCUCGAGUUCAUCGAGAAGGAGAUCAAGCGCAUCGAGAAGGAAAUCGAAGCCAACCAGGAGAAGAGCGAUAAGAAACGAGCCGAGGUCCUACAAUACCAAAGCCAAGUCCAACAGCAGGCUGCCGCUGCGUCUGCAUCCGCUUGA